CUGCUUUGUAAACUCAGGAAGACAGAGCAACAGUCAGAAAAAUAUUCUCAGAGCAAAUGGAAGCAGCCAAGGGCUCACCAGGUCCGCCACCGGAACCGCCAGUGUUGCACCCAGCAGUGGAACCACUUUCCUACCUUCUGGGCUCAUGGAGAGGCCAGGGAGAAGGCGGCUUCCCUACCAUAAAUUCAUUCUCUUAUGGCGAAGAACUUCAGUUUUCCCAUUCUGGGAAUAAGCCCGUCAUUGGGUAUACCCAGAAGACUUGGAAACUCAACUCUGGCGAGCCAAUGCACGCCGAGAGUGGAUACUGGCGUCCAAAGCCUGAUGGUGCUAUUGAAGUUGUGAUUGCGCAAAGCACUGGCCUUGUUGAAGUUCAGAAAGGGACAUAUAAUGCAAAGGACAAGGUGAUAGAGCUUCAAAGUGAGACAGUGGGGAAUGCUUCUAAGGUUAUGGAGAUAAGACGACUGUUCCAGCUGGUUGAUGGCAAUCUUUGUUAUGAAGUUCAGAUGGCUACCAAUACAGUAGGUCUUCAACCACACUUAAAAGCAGCGUUGAAGAAGCUCUAGACUGAAGCUUUCUCAUUCUAUGGAAGGUGAUAUUGAAAAAGAAUGCGAGUCUUGCAUUGGAGAGUCCAAUGGUUCUAUAUUUCUUUAGACAGCAGUUUAAGCCAGCUUAAUCAUGACAUACUAGUCAACAUUUUUUACUCCUUUUGAACGUGCUUCAUGAAGAAACCAAGUCCUUUACUGAGGAAUAUUUUAUUGUCUUGUUCUUUUGCCAUCUUCAUGGUUUAUAUGUAGCUAUACUCUCUUUUUUUUUGGACAAAUAUUUGUAGCUAUACUCUCAUGUGCAUUGAAUGCCGUAAUCUACGGAGUACCAACAA